AUGGAAGUUUCUUCACGUGGUCUUGAGCAAGAGCGUGUUGGAGGUAUUGCAUUUGAUAUUAGUAUUUAUACAAAUCUGACACAUGAUCAUCUAAGCUAUCAUACUACUUUCGAUGAAUACAAGCGGAUUAAAACGACUCUCUUCGAACAUUUGACUAAAUCCAUUGCUAUUAUCAAUCGUGAUGAUGAUUAUGCACAACACGUUAUUGAUAACACAAAGAAGACCGCAAGAGUGAUGACAUAUGGAAUUGCUCGAAAUCAUGACACAGAUAUCUACGCAAGUAACAUUCAACUAAGUGUACAUGGUUUGAACUUUGACAUAAAUAUUCCAGCUACAAAUAUAACGGAACAUAUUCAUAUUCCAUCUCUAGUCGGAAAAACCAAUGUUUAUAAUUCGUUAGCUGCAUUAGCUUGUGCACAUUUGGCACUUAACAUUCCAUUGGAUCUAUGUAAGGAUGCUCUAAUAUCCAUGCCACCAAUCCCAGGUCGUCUUGAGUUUAUUACCAUGCCAGAGGAUCCGAUUACAGUGAUUAUCGAUUCUGCACAUACCCCAGAUGGCUUCAAAGAAAUACUCAGCACAAUCAGAGACUGUAGAAUGAGUAAUAAUUUGCUCUGCUUAUUUGGUUGUCGGGGUAAUAUGGAUCAUGCAAAUCGUUCAAUUAAGGCUACAAUUGCUCACCAACUAUCAGAUAAAGUAAUUGUUACAACUGAUAUGUCAGGAUCCGAAGAUCCGAAACAAAUAAUUCAAGAUAUUUUAGCAGGAUUUUCUUCAACAUCGAACAGUGAUGAUAAUGUCAUCAUCGAAAUUGACCGAAGAAAAGCAAUCGAGAAAGCAAUUUUGUCUGUUAUGCAAGAUGGUGAUACAUUAGUUAUAUUAGGUAAAAGACACGAUAUCAAUCGAAUGCUUCAAGACCGAAUUAUUGAUUUUGAUGAUCGCAUAAUUGUGAGAGAAUGUAUUCAACAACGUAUUCAGCGUAGUUUGUAA